AUGGCAGACCAAGAACGACACGCCAGCGGUUCCUCGAGGUGGUACCAUGACGAAGCGCGCGCUGCCCUGCUCAAUAGCGAGGUCUCGAACAAGAUUCGGGGGUUAUGGGGUGGAUUUACGGCGUUUGUGUUGAGGGAUAACGUGCUGGAAGUUGCUGUUGGUUUAAUCUUUGCGACCGCGUUCACGAAACUGGUUACUUCUCUUGUGUCCAAUAUUAUACUGCCGCCUAUAUCCCUCCUCCCGUUCAUGAGCAAGAACUUGGACGAGAAGUUCUUGGUACUGAAGAAAGGACCCAACUUUGAACCCCCGAAUGGGUAUAAUACGAGGGAGCAGGCUUCAGGUGACGGAGCAAUCGUUUGGGCUUACGGGGCAUUUGCGGAUGAGGCUCUCAAGUUCAUCGGUGUAGGGGCUGCACUGUAUCUGAUUGCGACGGUGUAUGGUGCCUUCACGAAGGAUUCGAUUAUCCGGGAUACGAUUCGGUGUAUGUAUUGUAGGAAGGAGAUUAGUGCCAAGGCGAAACGGUGUCCAUUGUGUACUUCGUGGUUGGAUGGAAGAGAAGACAAGGAGACGAGUGCUUUGGCACCACACGAGUCCUAGACCGGAUGAUUCAUGCUGGCAUACACGAGUAUUUUCUUGUCAUGUCAUUCGUUCCUGUUGACAUGAAUCUACGUUGGUCUAGAU